AUGAAAAAUAACAAGGAGACUUUCUACAUGGACGAAGGAAGGAGGUAUCCAUCAUUGAGUCGAGAUAAGAUGACUGCAGCAGGGAGAUACCAUCACAAGAAUGAACACAACCAUGGCGGUUAUAGGAAGUCUUCCGUAGAUAAUUACAACAGAAGAAAUGAAGUCUCCAAUGUAGAAAGGGGUCGAAAUUAUUCCAUAGACAGGAAAGAUUAUCACCAGAAUGUACAACGACAGCACCACCGAGAAAACGGACAUGACGCCAAUCGAGGAGGACACAACCAAAGUCGCACACGCAGCCGUAGUCCACCUCAUAAUAAGGUCCCAAGAGAGAAAUAUCCGGACAAAUACCCCGACAAAUAUCCCAAGAGAAACUUUUCCAGAGACAGAAGCAGAAACGCUACGGUGUAUGACGAUCGAAAUGGAGAGCGAAAGCAUGGUGAUAAGUAUAAGUACGAGAAGGAACAGAGCGGAAAGUGGGACAACAGAAACGGAGGCCACUACGAGCACGACCGUUAUCCGAAUGAGCGUUAUCCAAACAACCGUCAACCGUAUGAUCGCCCCCCAUAUGAUCGCCCCCCAUAUGAUCGCCCUCCACAUGAUCGCCCUCCGCAUGAUCGUCCUCCACAUGAUCGUCCUCCACAUGAUCGCCCCCCAUAUGAUCGCCCCCCAUAUGAUCGCCCUGCGCAUGAUCGUCCUCCACAUGAUCGUCCUCCACAUGAUCGUCCCCCAUAUGAUCGGCCUCCACAUGACCGUCCCCCAUAUGAUCGGCCUCCACAUGACCGUCAACCAUAUUAUCGCCCCCAACAUGAUCGUCCACAAUAUGACCACGCCCCAUAUGAUCGCCCCCAACAUGACCGCCCCCCAUAUGAGCGCCACCCACAUCCGUAUCACCCAGGUGGACCCUACAACAGAAACACAUAUGAGUACCGACAUGAUCGCGACGAAAGAAUGAAUAUGAGGAGAUAUUCUCCAGGUCGAGACAGAGAAAGAUACGGAUACGAAAAUGAUUCCAACCGAAUGGGAAACAAUAUUGGAAUGAUGAGAAGAGAACGACCAAGAGAUGAGAGGAGUUAUUUCUACAAAAAAGCGGACCCAUGUAAAGUGUUCGUAGGAAAUCUACCCCCCGACGCAAGAGAAGAAGAUCUAAGGAAAAAAUUUAUAAAGUAUGGCGAUAUUGUAAAUCUGCAGUGGAAGACCAAAUAUGCAUUUAUAGAAUAUGAGAAGAUAUCCCAUGCAGAGACUGCCAUAAAGGAAGAAAAUGGAUCGUUAUUUCUUGGAAAAGAGUUAAAUGUGCAGCCACAUCAUGCGGGGAACUAUUUCCAGAACCGAAAUGACAAUCGGAGUUUCUAUCCCGGAUAUAGAAGGAACUAUUCUCCCAAUAGAAAUGAAAUCGGAGAGAAGAAAAUUUCCUUACGAAUUGUCUUAAAAAAUGUAGACGAAAAAACUAGCUGGCAAGAUCUGAAAGAUUUCGGGAGGGAUGUUGGAUCAGUAAAUUAUUCCAAUAUCAUUCAGGACGAUAAUAAGGACAGGUUUGGAAUAAUAGAAUACUACAAUCACGAUCAUGUGAAGAAAGCAGUGGAGGUGUUAAACGGUCGUAAGCUGAACGGUGUUGCCGUGGAGGUCAUGAAAUUUGUUGAUUCACCUCUUUAUAUGAAGUUCCGAAAUGGGGGUGAAGAUAGACGAGAGGGUAAUUACCAUCAGCACUAUUCUGGUGACAAGGAUAGGAUGUACCAUCGAGAUGGGUACGAUGCGGACAGGGACGGUUACAGGAGGGAGCGUUUUUUUGAAAGACCCCAUGACGGGAGUUACAGGAAUGGGGGGAAUGAUCGAUAUGGGAGGAACCACGACAGGAACAAAUUUGGGAGAGACGAAAGGGAGGACGGGCAACAGGACAAGUCGGACAGAGACCACCGAAGGGGAGGCAUGAACAACCAUAAGAGAAGGGGAACCUCAAGAGAUAACGAAAGAGUCCAUCGAGUGGACACAGGAAAUGAGGAAGACAGAAGGGGGGACGGUAAUGAUACCGACAAACAGAGUCAGUUAAGUGGUCGAAGCGGCAGCAUCGGGAAGGACAAAUACGACAGCGGAGAAGCGGGGACCACGGUCGGCACGAGACAAAGAAGGAGCAACAGAAAGGAUAGAAGCGAAAGCACAGAUCAUGUAGCGUAUGAUCAGCGAAGUUCUUUGAAGGGAAAAGAUAAGGAGGAUGAGUACUAUUUGGAUAAGGAAAGAGAGGAGGCAAUUAAAAACGACAGAGAACUGAGCACACGAGGAGACGAUGAAGAGGAAAAUAUGUACAAGAGCGAUGAGGAAGGAAGUAUUGUCGGUUCUACCAAUGUGAGAGAUAGGAUCGAAGACAAUGCCGAUGGUGGUUUGAAGGAUGGUGAGAAAGACCGUUAUGAUGGAAGCCGAAGCAAGAGCAGAAGUGUGAGCGUGAAAGCGAAGCAGCAGUCGCCUAAGAAAAACACAAGAGGGAGACGAAAGAGCCGAAGGGCAUCCGAAAAUUCUUCCAUCAGAAGAGACCUACAAGAUAGUUAUUACGAUGACAAUGUGAAUAACGACAAAUGGGAAGUCUCGAAGGUCGGCGUAAACGGGGGAAAUUGCACUGAGAGUGAUUCAUAG